CACAAUUUUUGUAAACACGCUUGUCGAAUACACAAAUUCUAUACGAAUAGUUGAAUAGGCUAUCUAUUUAUUGCGGAAGUAAUGGCUUCCUAAAUUUUAAUUGCAGACAUUAUUUUAUUAACGAUAAUUAAAAUCAAAUAUGACGAUAAGUUGUAUUUUUUAAUCUGAUCUGGAGCGCUAUGUGAAUAAUUGUGUCAUCCGGCUUAUUCCCAUGGAAUAUAUAAGCCGCGUCCUGUAAAAGUGCUACAAAGAGCAAUCCUGAAAAAGAUUGUUUGUGUGAAAGAAAAUAAAUUUCCAUUCAUGAAAUAAGCUUGUGAUCAUAACAAAAAUACAGUGUUUCCAACAUUUCGUUGAAUGAAAUAAGGCAUGAAAAUGAUGACUUGCGAUAGGUUUUAGUGAAUCUGAGAUAUUAGAAAUUAGUUUAUUGUCAUGGAUGAUGCCGGCGGAACGAGUUCAGUAAAGAAUAAAAUGAAGGGCAAGGUGCAAGAUGAGGAGGAAGAGUCCGACGAGGAGGUGGUGGACAGUGAGGACGAUGACGAAACCAUCGCCAGAAUACAGCGAGCUCAUUUCGCUCAGACAGCUGCUAUGAACGCUCGAAGGCGCGCGGCUCCUCGUCCCAGGCCAAUGAGCCACAAACGGAAAAUGGAAGCUGUUAAAAACUUUCAUGACUUCACAAAGAAACUUAAGAAGGACACAGGCAUAACAAUUCGAAGCAUAGUUGGUAAUAACAUCCUAGAAUUAAGUGACUUUUCAAGUGAAGACAGUAAAACUGAAAGUGAUGGACUGUCAGAGGAGGAAUUUAUAGUUAACCCUAGUGCUGUACAAGAAUUGAAUGAGGAAAAUGAAAGUUAUAUUGACCCCGAAACUGGUGACAUUGUUGAGGCUAAAAGAGAUUUACAAAGUACUAGAAAACCCCCAGAAGAACCACUGGCAUGUCUGGAGACUGAGGUUAAGCAGGAACAACAAGAGCCACAAGAACAGCAAGAUCAGGAACAAGAGGAGGAGGAAGUACAACCUAAAACUCUUUCAAUUAGUGACAUUAUUAAUGAUGGUGACUUAGAUAAUAAGAAUGUAGAAAUAGCGGAGGUUGAGGAGAGUGAGUUAUGUCCGGAGAAGACAGCUGAAGAGUUGUUAGGCAUGAAACAGGAGGACAGCAGUCAAGAUUUUGAUAUAACGGAAAAAUUAAAAGAAAUGGGAGAGAUUAGUGUCAAACCUAUUGUUAAGAAGGAGGAUGAAAAUGAAGAAACACCUAAAGACGAAGAAACAAAGGAAGAAGGUGAUGAUGAGAAGAAACCAGUGAAUGCCAAUGCUCUAAAUGUAAGGCGUAACAUUCGGGAGGUAAUGGAUGAGAAGAACCUGGAUGCCUCCACAUUAGCAGCUCAGAGGCAGGAAUCAGAGAGAUUGGCUCGAGUGCAGGAACAGCAGAGGAUUAUUAGAGAAGUACAAAGACAAAUAGCAAUAAAUAGACAAAAUAAAAUUCAUCAGAAAACUCUAUCACUACUACAAGGCGGUGGUUCUUCUAUAUUGAAGAAGUCUCUUCCUGGGCAGAAAUUAAAUCUACCAAACACAGUGCUAGUAAAAUUACCAUCAGGUGAAACUAAAAAGACAAUUAAAGCUGGCCAAGUUGAAGUUACAAAGUUGAUGAAACCUACUACAUCUGGUGCUCCGAAGCCAGGCAAACCUGAUCAAAAGGCUGAUAAGAAAGAGGUUGUAGAGAUAGUUGAUAGCAGCAGUGGCGAGGAGUCUUCGUCUUCAUCAUCCGAUUCUGACGAUUGCAUAAUGCUGUCAGAUUCAGAAGUCCCACCUAGUCCUGAAGCCGAAGAGGAUCCAAGUAAUUCAGGUCUUCAUGUGAAUGAUGCGUACAACAUCCCCGAUGAACAAGGCCGUGUGCUAAUCAAUAUUGGUCACCCUGAGAACGAAGAGGACAUCUUCCUUGCACCACAAAUUGCUAGAGUUAUCAAACCUCAUCAGAUUGGCGGUGUAAGGUUUCUGUUUGACAACAUUAUUGAAUCUGUUGAACGAUUCUCGACAUCAACUGGUUUUGGGUGUAUAUUAGCACAUUCAAUGGGUCUUGGCAAAACGUUACAAAUUGUAUGCUUCUGUGAUAUAUUCCUACGGCACACAACAUCGAAAACAGUGCUGUGUAUUAUGCCUAUCAACACUCUACAGAAUUGGGUGGCGGAAUUCAACAUGUGGUUGCCAGUGGACGCUAGUACAAGUCCGUUGGCAGCUCACGGCGAGGUCCGACCGCGGAACUUUCCCAUCUACGUACUCAACGAUAGUCAUAAAACUUUACAGAUGCGAGCUAAAGUGGUCAAGGACUGGACAACAUCAGGUGGUGUUCUCAUGAUAGGUUACGAGUUAUACAGAUUACUCAGUAUGAAAAAAGACAAGAAACCUCGUAAGAAAAAGAAAGCAGAUGCCAAGUUAGAAGCCGAGAAAGAAAGGGACGAAAAAUUACAAGCUGCUACUGAAGAUACACAGGCAUCUGAAGAAUCCAAACUAGAGAGAGACGAUGGCGAUGGCGUGACGAAGAUAGAUGAUACGAAAGAUGAGCUUAAAAAGGACGAGAAAAAGGAUGAUUCUGUUAACGAUGAAGACAAAAAACUAUUAGAUGAAAUGUAUGAAGCAUUGGUAAAGCCUGGUCCAGAUUUGGUGAUAUGUGACGAAGGACAUCGGAUUAAAAAUUCCCAUUCGAAUAUUUCGUACGCUUUAAAACAGAUGAGGACAAAACGAAGAGUAGUGUUAACAGGUUAUCCAUUACAAAACAAUUUGCUAGAGUACUGGUGUAUGGUGGAUUUCGUGCGUCCGAACUAUCUCGGUAGCAAGACGGAGUUCUGCAACAUGUUCGAGCGUCCGAUACAGAACGGACAGUGCAUUGACUCCACGCCUCAAGAUAUCAGGCUCAUGAGAUAUAGGGCGCAUGUACUUCAUUCUUUGCUUGUCGGUUUUGUACAGAGACGGUCGCACGCAGUACUGCAGUCGACACUCCCCCAGAAGGAGGAGUAUGUGCUCCUUAUAAGAAUGACUCCACUACAACGCAAGUUGUACGACCGGUUCAUGAAUGAAGUCGUACGCUCUACAUCUGUGCCAAACCCAUUGAAAGCUUUCGCAAUUUGUUGUAAGAUAUGGAACCACCCCGAUGUCCUAUACAACUUCCUCAAGAAGCGUAGUGAAGUUAACGCCGCUAUUGAAGAAGACUUGGAUUUAGAGGAAAUUGGUGGCGUCACUAAGGCUGGACGCGCACGUAAUAACAAGACGCAGCCUGGUCGACGGCCGGGGAAACCUAGGGGAGCUUCAAAAAAGCCAGCAGCGACCAUACCGCCUAACACAACCACUGGUCCAAUGGCGCCGCGCCCCGAUGGCAGCAUUUACGGCAACGCGCCGUAUCCUAACGCUCCAUACGGUCCACCUUCGAACACCUUCAGACCCGACCAACCUUCUGGAUCCUACCCACCGUACCACAACUAUCAGAACCCAGGUCCUGGGUACUAUCCACCAAACCAAGGUUACAACCAGAACUAUGACAGCAAUUACUACCAACAACAACAACAGCAACAGCAACAACCCCCAUAUGGAAACAAUUACCCGAACCAAUACCCGCAGAACAUGCCUCCGGAAAGUGGGCAAGGGUAUAACCAGAACUACUGGGGUAACGGCAACUACUAUGGCAACUCAGGAUAUUAUAACAAUCCUCAAUACCAACAGAAUAGUCAGCCCCCCCAAGAUUUCAGGAGCAACCCUCCUCCCGAGUACAAUAACUCUCAGCAUUACCCACCGAAUUAUAACGCGCCGCCAAACGACCAGUCUUACCCAGGCAACGCGAUGCAACCCUACUCGAAUAACCAAGACAAUUAUACCAGUAAUCAGCAAAGACCUCCAUACCAGGGCUAUCACAAUCACCCUGGAUACUCUGAGUAUAGUGCCAACACGCCACAGGGACCUUACCCCAAUAACACAGUGCCUCAGGGACCUUAUCCCAAUAAUCCCGCGUCUCAGCAAGGAUAUUCUAAUCAGUCAUAUCCUCCACCAUAUGCCGCAAACACGUCUGGAUAUGGGAAUAAUUCUACUCCAUACAACCAAUAUGAAAACCAGCCGACGAAUUACUCUAACUUCCCCAACAAUAUGCCUUCCAAUCAAACUGACAAUGUGCCAACUCAACCUCCUAUUAAAAAUGAACCCACUACUCAUCCUGGGAAUUAUCCUCCCACUGAAAUCAAAUCGGAACCGAAUAUUCCGCACAACUCACAAAUCCCGCCAACGCAAAAUGCAAAUGCUGUGCCAUAUAACAAUCCUGGUUAUGGCUAUCCUCAGAAUACGCCUGCUUAUCCUGAACAACAAGAAAGUAACUCCAAUGCGAGUAACUAUCCAUGCUCAUAUCAGAACUUUCCACCACAUCUUGAAACUAAGCAGCCUCUGGGUAGUGCUAGCUCUGGUAGCCCUGUAACAGCGUGGCCUAUAACAGAAUUAAAGACUGAAAUUGAUAAACUUAAAGCUGAGGAAAAGACGGAGAUAAAGUCGGAAUCUGAUGGUGAAGUAAAAAUAGAAGAUUUGGACACAAAGAAGAUAGUUAAAGAUGAAAAGAAGCAAUACCAACCACUUCUGUUGAAUGACCAACCACAAGUUCAAAAUCAAAAACCAGAAACUCCAAAAAAGAAAGACAAAGAGUCGAAACCUGAUGGAGGUAAAAGUGAUGGAUCUGAAUCUGAAGAAGAAGUUCCUAGGGGAAAAGGUAGGCCACCCAAAGGUAAAGGGAAAGAUAGCAAAAAGUCAAAGGCAAAGAGUAAAGCGAAACCUAAAGGGAGGAAUGACAGAAAAACGUCGAAGGAAAAGAAUAAUGAUGACUCCGAUUCUGAGGAAAGUGAGAAGGAAGAGAAAAUGAACAGGGAGGAGGAAUUAGCUAUGGUUAAGAAAGCUGAAGAAGUGACGUACGAUUGGGCAGCUGAGUUGUUAAAAGAUUACAUUCCUGGGAUUAUUGAGAAUUCUGCGAAGAUGGAAUUGUUCUUUUAUAUAUUGAACGAGAGUAUAAAGCUUGGAGAUAGGCUAUUGUUGUUUAGCCAAAGUUUAUUUACGUUGAAUCUCAUUGAAGACUUUUUAGAAAAGAAUUAUAUUCCGGGGACAAAUUGUCUCUGGGAGCGAAAUACUAACUACUACCGUUUGGACGGUUCUACUCACGCCCUAGAGCGUGAAAAGCUGAUCAAUGAGUUCAAUGCUAACCCACACAUAUAUUUGUUCCUCGUGUCGACUCGUGCAGGGUCACUCGGCAUUAAUCUCGUUGGGGCUAACAGAGUAAUCGUUUUCGACGCCAGUUGGAAUCCUUGCCACGACACGCAAGCUGUUUGUCGAGUUUAUAGAUACGGUCAACGGAAACCUUGCUUCGUCUACCGUUUUGUUAUGGACUUUUGCCUUGAGAAGAAGAUCUACGAUCGUCAGAUCAAUAAGCAAGGAAUGGCCGACCGCGUAGUCGACGAGUGCAAUCCUGACGCAGUUCUCUCUAUGAAAGAAAUUACUAAUUUAUGUUUCGAUAAUGAUGAAAAGGAAACUGAAAUAAAAGAUUUAUCUGAACACAAAGAUAAAUACAUAGAUGUUCUGAUGCAAGGCGUUAUAACACAACACGGUAGGAUGCUGAGCAAGGAGCCGUUCCAACAUGAGUCGCUACUCGUUGACAGAAAGGAGAAGAAAUUGUCUAGCGCCGAAAAGAGGCUGGCUCAAAGAGGGUACGAGUUAGAAAAGAAGGCAGCACUAGCCCCGAAGCCGACGACAGCGUACCGUACAGUGCGCACGGCAGACGGCGCGCUAGUGCAGCGGCCUGUUGCUUCCGUGCGGCCCAUGCAACAUGGCGCGCGGUGGAUACCCGCCGACGUAUGGCGCAGGCAAGGCAUGACGGCGCAGGAAAUGACGUUACCCCUAGAUGUCGUGAUACCUACAAACUCGGCUGAGAAGACAAAUAUAGUUUUGAAGGCCGGUCAGCGUGUUAUGGUAUUAAAAUCACCGAAAGGCAUUUACAUGCAGUUGGAAUCGGGCAAAAUUAUCGCUAUCAAGACGUCGUUUAAGGGAUUGGGACAAAAAGGUGGCGAUAACAAGGACAAUAACCCCAUAGGAAAAAAAGUUUUAGGCAGUCGUCCUGUAUCAAACAUUCCGGGCUCUCUUAAAAAUAAUUCAGCAAUAACAAUUACAUCAAAAGGCCCCAGGCCUGGUUUCCACAGAGUGAUACGUCCAUCAAUAAUAGGACAGAAUAAAAUGAGGCCUAUGAUGCCUGGACAGAAAAUAUCCGACAUCAGGAGUCGACUCGGUGAACUGCGAUCGUACACGGGAAUGCGACCGAAGUCUCCAUUACAGGGAAGAUUGCUACGACCGAGCUUACCAGGAUCAGUGAGUAUUACAAAAAUUCCCAGAGAGCCCAAGAAAUCUGAAACCGAUGGCAAUGAAUCGGGCUCUACUAGUAAGAUGGACGUAAAUUCUGAAGAAGACACUCAAAUAUUAGAUAGUGAUGAUGAGGAAGAAAACAAACAAGAUUCCAAAACUUCUUCUGAGGUAGAACAAGAUAAGAACAAAUUAGAAACUGCAGAACCUCCCAAGUCUAGCGAACCACAAGAGCCAAACAGGACAGUUGAGACUGAACCAAAAUCCGAAACCGAACCUAUCGUGUUAACUACAGAUGAAAAGUUGCCCUCUGAGGAAACUCUAGAAAAUAAACCUACGGAAGAAAACAUGGAACCACCUAAACCGCCACACACAACAGACAUGUCUAGAGUGGACACAGCAGAAAUCUCUAGACUAGACAUGGCAGACAUCUCCAGAGUAGACACAGCAGAUUUAAAUCGUAAUUCGAACGAUGCUGUCGAACGGAAAAUAAACCCACUAAAAAAUUAUAGGCACCAGAGACCAGGCGGUCGACCAUCCCUCGAAUCAAGUCUCAGCCAAUUAGAGCGCACGGCGAGUGUUUUGAACAAAGAUGGCAUGCCAGACUUCCGGAGGAACUUAGACGACAUUACACAGUCUUACUCACCCACCGGUGAAGAGAAAGUUAGCACCAAGACCAAAAAACGUCGCUCACCUGCUAAACCUGAAGCGGUGGCGGAACCAGCGCACACCGCCCACCCCGCGCACAGUGUCCCCGCCCCCGCCGCGCCCGUCCCUCACAGCGUUUCCAGUCUUCUGGGCCCCGCCGCCCCGCCGCGCCAGCGCAAGCCCGACCCCGCGCCACACGCCGCGCCCUCCGUGCCCAGCGUGGCCAGUGUGCCCAGUAUGCCCAGUAUGGGCGGUAUGGCCAGCGUGCCCCACGACCCUAUGGGCGCGCACUCCCGCCUGAUGGGCCGAGCACACGAGCCCCCUCCACACCCACACGCACACAUGAAGCCGUCGCCCAGCAUGCCGCUGAGCUUGAGCCACCCCGCUAUGAUGAGCGGUGGCACUGCAGCGCCGGCCGAUUUAUCCAAGUCGCCCGCGCCGGGACCACUGACCCAUGCACCGCUCGGGGCGUCCGGGCCACCUGCACAAGGUUAUCCUGUCGGUCAUCCUAAUCCUCCUCCCGACGGGCCUUAUCCUCAGUACCCAGGUUACGGGAUGGGUUAUGGUGCAUAUCCGACCCCGGCGUACUACGGCGGGUACGGCGGCAGCGCGUACUACCCGGGGUACCCUGGACCAGGUGGAGCGAUGCCUCCGUACGCGGGAGCCCCGCCGGCCCCCACGUACGCGCCGGAAGGCUACCUGCCGCCCAACCCUCAGUGGUAGACGCGGCUGACUGCUACCUGCAUGCGAGUCUCGAGUGUGCCCAUGUUCAGUGUUAAGAUUGAUGUGCGUGAUCGAGUGUUCCUCUAUAAAGAAUGACUUGCUUCCUUGUUAAGCGAGUAGCGUGGCUUUAAAUAUUCACUAUUGUAUUCUUCCUCCGAAGCUCGAUGAGCCGCGCUGGAUUUGGUCUUAUCAUAUGUAUUCUCUUUUGUACCUAUAAGUAUAUUUAUCCGAUGUAUCCGUAAUUCCACGACUUACUUAAAAUUGUUCCAAACACGUCAGUCUGAUGUGAGUUUGGUUAUUAUUACAUAUUUUUCUGAAUUUCUAUUAAACCCUUGUGUUUUGUAUACAAGGGAAUAUGAAAGUAUUUUCUGAAAAGGUAACUCCUUAUAUAAGUAUGUCCAAUAAUUAAACUCUGUAACGUACCAGUCAGUUUUGAACCUAUGUAUUUUCAUCACUAGGCCCUAUCCAUAAUAUCAAUGAUUAGGAUUUAUUCUAUGCAUAAUUUUCAUGUGGUAUGUCUCAAGCUUUUUUGUAUAGAUACCUAUUUAUUUAUAAAAUAAUUGUCACAAAAUUGUAAUGAAUUAUUAUAUUUUCAUGUAUUUCUUGGAACAAGUACGUGUGUAAAUUUAUACUAAAAUAUACACUUUUAUAUAUUAUGAUUUAUAAAAUAAUACUUUCGAUAAAAUAUGAUGAUGUGAUUAUUCCUAAGUACUUACCUUGAAUCGUUUUGUAAAAUAAAACAUUAAUUAGAUCAAUCUUCAGGAAACUGUCGUGUGUGGAUGUAUUAUAAAUGAACUAUUAAUAUUGUAAUGGAUGCGUGAAUUUCUCCAAGCUAAUUACUCAAUGAGUGUAGAAUUUUCAAGUACAUAUUCAAUCCCACUAAUAGUUAGGUGUGGUCGGUUGUCAGUAAGUCCUCUGAUUACUGUGGCUAUGGAUCGAUUACUGGAUGUGAUAUGUUGCUACAUAGUCGUAAGUCGAAUAUAGCUUGUACGGAAUAUUUAUCAAUCGUAAUAUUUUAGAUAGGCUCCCUUAGUAUCUUAGAAACUUUAGUUUCUCAUUUAACCUACAGGUCCGUGAUAUGUUUUUUUACAUAGUAGUUUUAUGUAUGCAAAUGCUAUGUGCAUAGAGAACUAUUUAUCUAAUUUUUAAUAUGUUUUAAACGAAAUGAUCUGAUUGCGAAGUCGUUUUUAACUUUAUUGUAGUCAUACAUUUCUAUUUUUCCUUUGGUGUGUUUUGAAAUUCUUCUUUUUACAUCACUGCAUUGUCUAACUUUGCCGUGAAUAAAACAUUGACUUGCUUUGUUGAUGUAGUAACUGGACAAAGUCUGUUUAUUUACAUUAACGUGGAAAUGAAUUAAAAGAAGUCUCGAUACACGUUGUCCUUUCGUUAGCAGUAUUAGUUGUCGCUUGUGAAUAUGAUCAUAAGAGAUUAAAAAUGUAGGGUAAGGUAAAUUAUAAGUCUUAAAUUAAAAUGUUUCUGUAUUUAGAGGUAAUGUGUGUCCACUGACAUUUUUGUAUAACUGUAGCACGCAAAAUAUUGUAUUAACUGUAGUAGGAAAUUGAUUAGAGAACUUGACAUGAGUUCAAUACACGAACUAAAGACUUGAUAUUGUUUUUUAUUCUUAUUUUUAUAUUUUGCUUAUACGCCGAUACACACCAGAUGAAAAGUAGAAAUAUUGCCGUGUAUUAUUUUAAAAUUAGUAUUCAAUCAUUUAUGUAUGUUGUCCUGUGUACAAAUAGCGUUCGAAAGUACUGUUCGAAGUGAUACAAUAAUAAAUAUUGCAUUUUAAAUUGGUCAACUAGUAUUGUACCGGCGAUAUCCAAUAAAGAAAUCAAAG